AUGCAUAGCUGCCAUGAGCAUGCGGCUUCCUACUACUACACCUGCGACUUCAACUCGACCCACCCCCGCACACAACCAACCAUUGCGCCAAUGGACCUUGGAGAUGAAGAGAGCUCCCCGUGGGGAGAUGUGCCCUCACGGUCGAGCCCUGCGCCGAGUGCGUCCAAGGUAGAGCAGAACGACACGCUCGACACCGACUCUCCCGCGCCCUCGACCAAGCCGUCUGCAGACCCGGCCCCUACUGCUGCCUCUGCUCCGCGCUCACCCGCUGGACGCGGUCCCCGACGGCGGCAGUAUGGCCUGCAGUCCACCAAACUCGAGGCUGUCGAUGAUCCCCUCGGCCCUCUAGGCGCUCCCUCGCCGACGACAGGCACCGAGAUUGCCCCUCCAGCGCCGCCUCAGAAAGAAGCCGCUGCGUCGCGAAGCACUCGUCCCGCCCCGGGCGGCGCCUCUACACCUUCGCUACGCGGCAUGAUGGAUUCCGUCGACCUCGAUGACGACAACGACGAGCAGCAGCCCUCCUCUCAAGCCAGAAUACCGCCUCCAGUCCAGGCGCCGUCUUCCACCGCACCUCAGCGCCAGACACAGCCGAGUGUCAGCGUUGAGCAGGCCGCUAAGCCGUCCUUUGCCAUCUCUGUAGGCGACCCUCACAAAGUCGGUGACCUCACGAGCUCGCACACAGAAUACGCCGUCACUACCAAGACGACUUCCAAGGGCUACCGCAAACCCGAAUUCACUGUCUCGCGCCGUUACCGUGAUUUCCUCUGGUUAUACACACAACUGCACAACAACAACCCUGGAGUUAUUAUUCCUCCGCCGCCAGAGAAGCAGGCUGUUGGUCGCUUUGAAGCUGAUUUUGUCGAGUCACGACGCUCUGCUCUGGAGCGCAUGCUUAACAAGGCCGCUGCUCAUCCAGUGUUGCAACAUGACAGUGACUUGAAGCUGUUCCUUGAAAGCGAAGCCUUCAGCAUGGACAUCAAGAACAAGGAGCGCAAAGACCCCGGUCUCACUGAGAGCAAAGGCAUGUUUGGCUCCAUGCUCGGUGGUAGCAGUGGUAAAUUCGUGGAACACGAUGACUGGUUCCACGACCGCCGAAUCUAUCUCGAUGCUCUUGAAGCGCAGCUAAAGGCUCUUCUCAAAGCUACAGAUGCUGUAGUCACACAACGGAAAGGUCUAGCCGAGGCUUGUGGAGACUUCUCGGCUUCUCUACAUUCUCUAUCCGCUGUUGAGUUAUCGCCAUCUUUGUCCGCGCCGCUUGAUAGUUUGUCCGACAUUCAGAUUCGCAUUCGGGAGCUUUACGAGCGUCAGGCCCAACAAGACAUACUCACCAUGGGCAUCGUAAUAGACGAGUACAUUCGUUUGAUAGGUUCCGUAAAGACCGCGUUCCAGCAGCGACAGAAGGCCUACCAUUCCUGGCAUUCUGCUGAGCAGGAGUUACAGAAGCGGAAAACGAACCAGGACAAGCUUUUGAGGCAAGGCAGAUCGCAGCAAGAUCGUCUGAACCAACUCAGCGCCGAUGUUGCAGACGCUGAGCGAAAAGUUCAUCAAGCAAGGUUGCUUUUCGAUGACAUGGGUCGGCUGAUGCGUAGCGAACUAGAACGUUUUGAGAGGGAGAAGGUCGAAGACUUCAAGUCAGGCGUCGAAACGUUCCUGGAAAGUGCUGUAGAAGCACAAAAAGAGCUCAUCGAGAUCUGGGAAACUUUCCUGAUGCAGCUCGAUACGGACGAAGGCGAUACUUUCGUCCCUCCUGCAGGUGUCGUCGCUUCAGCAAAUGCUGACCAGACAACAAGUCACGAUUCUGCCAACAAUCAAGACUCAGAAAGACGAGAAGUAGGUAACGAAAGUGUGUCAGAAAACCAAGACUAG